GCAUGCGCACUGGGGCAGGGGCCGGCGCCGCGUCUGCCUGGUAGUCCCGCAGGGAGUGACUGUCUUCGGGUUAUAGUUCUGGUUUAGAUACAACCAGCGUUCUCAAGGACGCAGGGGGAGCGCAGCCGAGAGGACGCCUCCAGCGCGCCCGCCCCCCCCCGCCCCGCCGCCCCGCCCCUCCUCGGGACCAGGACGCUUCCUGGAGAUGGCGCGAGCGCUGAGGGCCGCGGCGGCGGGCGCAGCAGGUGAAUCCGUGGGCUCUUUUCCAGACUCCACGUACCUCUUGGCACAGUGAGAGCUGUUUCCAUGUCCCAGGCCCGGCACCCAAUGGCAGGUCCUGUAUGGAACCUGGGUCGACUCAACCAUGUGGCCGUAGCAGUGCCGGACUUGGAGAAGGCCACAGCAUUUUAUAAAAAUGUUCUGGGGGCCCAGGUAAGUGAAGUGGUCCCUCUUCCAGAACACGGAGUCUCUGUUGUUUUUGUCAGCCUGGAAAACACCAAGGUGGAGCUGCUUCAUCCGCUGGGGAGCAACAGUCCAAUUGCAGGUUUUCUGAAGAAAAACGAGGCUGGAGGAAUGCAUCACAUCUGCAUUGAGGUUGAUAAUAUCAAUGAAGCUGUGAUGGAUUUGAAAAAACAGAAGAUCCGCACUCUAACUGAAGAAGCCAAGACAGGAGCACAUGGGAAGCCCGUGAUUUUUCUUCAUCCUAAAGACUGUGGUGGAGUCCUUGUAGAACUGGAGCAAGCCUGACUUAGAUUUGCAAGAAACUAAAUUAAUUGACUGGGAAAACACUUACCGAUCACUAUUAUAAUAUAUUUUAGUACUGCUUCCAUCACUUAAAAAUUUGAAGUGAAAUAUUAAAUUACAAAAAUACAAAAAUACCUCAAAAUACUUGCUCUUCGAGAACAGCUCAUGUUCACAGGUUCUGUAGAAAUGAAAGUCUGGGGUGCUAGAGCUAGAUGCAUAGGAAGUAUUAUGGACAACUUGGCGUAGGAUCUGGGGAUGGACACAUACCAGGAUUAUUUGUUUUAGUUGAUGUAAUUGGUGGAGUUAUUGUCACUGAGGUGUGUGAACACCUCAGGAGGCCCUGGAGGAAUGCUCAAAACCAAUAGUAUCUCACUGCCAAGAAGGCUGUGGUACAGCUGGGGAAAGAACCACAUGAAAGAAGUGGAAAUAUUUGCAAAACACCAUAUGAAUAAAUUUUAAAAAGGUAUAUGACACUCUGAUGAGCUCAGGAGCUGAAAUUUUUUCCUCAGACUCUCAAAUAUAUUGGGAAUAAAGAGACUAUGCUGCUGUGCCACACCUCGCCCCCAUGGACUUUGUAUUCCAUGACAGUUCCUUUAGGAAAUGGGCCACAAAGUGUCAAAAUCUUCAGUCACUCUGAGGAGCCAGGCCUCAGCCAACCGUACAGCCCUCCCCAGCCAUCACGCUCCAAGCCCUUGGUGCCAGGCUCUUGGGGCGCAGCUUGCUUCCUGGCUGCUCCCUCUGGAGGAGCAGCCUUUCAGUUCUUAGGUACAUCUUGGACCUUGCUGCUCUUUCUGCUGUUCCACCUGUUGUUUGCUUAGGGCAUCAAGAACCCCGUGAGAAUCCCCAAUCCAAUAGCAAGGUGAUAAAUCACAUGUAUAAGUAAAGCAAUAGAAAAUAUGCCCUGUAACCAUAACUGAAUAGACUAAAAAUUAAUAGCAGAUAACAGGAAAAUCUUCCAAAACUUGUGGUUACCAAAGGAAAAGCUCUCAAGGAAUAAAACGUAUUAAGCUGACUACAAAGGCAUCCAUUUUUAUAAAAUUAAAAAAGUGCAUAAAUAAAAUUAAAUUUAUGAAUUUAAUUCAUGAAAUAAUACAGUUCUGCUUUCAUGAAAAUGGGAUUUAGUAGAAAUAUAUGCAAACUGGUACAUGUGAUAGAUUGGUGUUAACCUCCUGACAUCUCUUCCCAUGUGGAAUUCUGACUUGGUUAGGUCUCCGUCCGUAUCCCUUUCCCACUCAGGAAAAGCCUGGAAUUUGGACUUAAAUUCCAUCACCCUUGCCAGUGACUAGACUGAGGCAGUGCAACCCAUACCUAGAUAAUUAGCCUGAAGAAAGGUUUGUGAGAAGCUUCUGCAAGUGUCCUUUCCUACUUCUCGGUGGGAACGUAGGAGUAUGAGAACUCGCUCUCUCACCAGAGGCAAACAGAGAAAACAGUUGUGUAGGGGCUAGGGAUAUAGGUCAGUGGCUUACGUGCCUGCCUGACAAGGUCCCAAGUUUGAUUCCCAGUACGGGGGAAAAAAAAAAAAAAACCAGUUGCGGGUGCUAUUAGCAACAACCCAAUGACCAUGAAAAAAUAGGAUAAUACUAAUAACAAAAAAAUUGACAUUUUAAAAAAUGCCUAAACCAAGCAUGGUGGCACAUGUCUGUAAUCCCAACAUUGGGAGACUAAGACCAGAGGCACACAAUUAGAGCCUAGCCUAGACAGCUUAGUGCCUUACUGAACCCUGUCUCAAAAGCCAGAGCAAAAUGAAAAAAUAUUAAAAAGGACUGGGGAGAUAGCUUGGUGCAAAGAUUUAAUCCCCAGUACCAAAAAGUACAUUUAUUAUUGAACAAAAAGUUGUUUUAUUCAUGGUAUUUUUAAAGUCAAACUCUGCUAAAACAUCUCUAAAAAUAAAAACAGUAAUUAGUGCAUAUCCGUAAU